AUGAAUAUUAUCGAUCAAACAUCAUUAAAUAAACAAUCUGAUGAUGAAAAUAAUGAUGAAGAAAUUCAUCAACCAUCAAAUGAUUUAAUAUCUAAUUUUCAAGAUAUUCGAAUUUCUACGACUGAUUUUCUAUCAACUAAUAAUACAGAAAAACAAGAUGAAGAAUAUAAAAAUCAUACAGAAAAUAUAAAUAAUAAAACAUCAAUAAUAGAUAUUUGUGAUAAACAAUUACUUGAUUAUGAAUCAAUAUGUUGUUUUCUUGUUUUAUUAUUUAUUAAUGAUACACAUUUAAAUUUUAAUUGUUUACAAAAUAUUAUUAAAAAUUUAUGUUAUCAUAAACAUACAAGACAAUGGAUUAUAAAAUCAUUAUUAUCAAUUAUUAAUAAAUCUACUGGACGUAUAGAAUAUGAUGAAUCAAUAUUUCAAUCAGAAAUUAAAAAUCUAAAUUCAUUAUGGUUAAAUAUUUAUUAUGAAAAUGCAUUUGGUAUGCAUAAAAAUCUUUUUAAAAUUGAAUAUCAUAAUUUAAUAGAAAUAUUUAUUGAUGAAAAAUUAUGUUAUAUGUUUUGUUGUCAAGUAUUUGAUUUAUUAAUUUUAUUAUAUAAAUAUUUUCCUGAAGAAUUUCUUUUCUUACCAUUAAAUAAUAAUCAACAAAUUGUUGUAUCAUUUUGGGAAUUAAUUUAUAAAUUAAAUCAAUCAUUUAAUAAUUAUUCAAAUAUAAAUAAUAAUAAUAAUAAUGAAAUUAAUUUUCAAUCAUCACCAUUAGAUAUUUUAUUACUUAUGUUUAAACAUCCAAUAUUAAAUAAGAAUAAAAAAUUGAUUGAUAAAUUAUUUAAACUUAUUUCAUUAAUAUCACAAACUCUUACCAAAAGAAAAUAUAUUUCAUCCUUAAAAUUAAUUAAAACAACAAAUAAUUCUCAACAAGAAAAUAAUAAAAUAAUUCUAUCCGAUAAUAAAGCUUUUUUAGAUAAUCUAUUAGAUUUAUUUAUUAAAAUAUUAAUAUCAAAAUCAUGUACUGAAUAUGGCCUAGAAUUUGCAAAUUUAUUUUUAUUAAAUAUAUCCAAAAUAAAUCAAGUUACUAAAGAUAAAGUUCUACAUUUAUUAAUUAACGGUAUUCAUUUAUUAAGCAAAGAUGUUAACGAAGAAUUUAAACAAUUACAUUUGGAAAUUGAAGACUAUUUAUCAAAAGCUAAAUCAAAUACAACAAUAAAUGAUGAUAAACCGUUUGACGAAUCUGUUAAAUUAUUUGAUUUAUACAAAGCAAUUCCAUUGAUGAAUAAUGAUUUAAAUACUAAACAGAAAUAUUUACAAUUAUCAUCUAUAAUUGCAUUAACAUCUAAAACUGGAAAUCAACAAUUUUUAUUACAUAUUCUUAAACUAAUUAUUCAAUUAAAUGAAGAAACAAAAAAAGAACAAAUUGAUAUUCAAUCAUAUUUUGAAACUGAACCUUCUACAUUAACACAAAAUCUUGAAACAUUACGUUUAUCUUUUUCAUCAAAUAAUAAUAAUCAACAACAUGACAUUCUUCAAUCAAUAAAUGAAUUAAAUAAUCGUGUUGAACAAAUAUGUAUAAAUUUACAAACAAUACUAAAUUCAAAUACAAUUGAACAUCAUCACGAGAAAAUAAUAAAUGAAAUUCAUGAUAUUUAUCAUUUAAUUCAACAAAUUGAACCAUCUAAACAGUUUUUAUCAUUUCAACAAACAAAAUUAAAUGAUGUAUUAAAUCUGAAAUGUUUUGAUCCAACAUCAAAAUUUAUUGAAUUUGUUCAUAAACAUCGUAUUGUGUUAAAUCAAAUAUUACGCCAAAGUAAACAACAUUUAAAUGAAGGACCAUUUAAUAUAUUAAUCAAUUAUCUAUCAUUACUUGAUUUUGAUAUUAAAAGAAAAUAUUUUAACUAUGAACUUGGUCGUUUAAAAGAAAAUAAACAUGAUAAAUAUUUAACUAUACAUAUUAAACGUAAUAAUGUAUUUGAAGAUUCAUAUAAAGAAUUAAGUCAAUAUUCAUCACAAGAUUGGAAAUAUAAAUUUUAUAUUAUAUUUGAUGAUGAAGAAGGACAAGAUGCUGAUGAUAUUUUAAAUGAAUGGUAUUUAAUAAUCUCAAAUUCAAUAUUAGAUCCGAAUCAUGGUUUAUUUAUGAAAACUGCAGGUGAUCAUAUUACAUAUAUGCCAAAUCCUUUAUCAUAUUAUAAUAAAAAUUAUUUAGAAUAUUUUAAAUUUAUUGGACAUUUUAUAGGCAAAGUUAUAUUUGAUAAGAAAUAUAUGAAUUAUUUUACAGAUAUGAAAUUAAUUGAUUUAGAAUUUUAUAAAAAAUUAGUUAGAUUAUUAGAAAAUGAUAUACAACAAUUAGGUUUAAAUUUAACAUUUUCAUUAGAUGUUAAUGAAUUUGGUGUUAAUAAAACUAUUGAAUUGAUAGAAAAUGGUUCAAAUAUUAAAGUUACAAAUAAAAAUAAAUCUGAAUAUAUAAGAUUUGUUUGCCAAGAAAAUAUAACUGGAUCUAUUAAACAACAAAUUAAUUCAUUUUUAGAAGGUUUUUAUGAAAUCAUUCCAAAAUAUUUAAUAUCAAUAUUUAAUGAACAAGAAUUACAAUUAUUAAUAUCAGAUUUACCUCAUGUUGAUGUUGAAGAUCUUAAACCAAAUAAUUAG